UUUACUUAGCUACGUAUAUAAUGUCAUACGUGCUGCUAGAAGCGUGUUCCAGGGAACAGAACUGAAAUUUGAAGGUAACAGAGCAUCAUAUUUGUAAGCAGUAGAGCAUCAUGGGUGGAGUGGCACUGGAUGACGGCAGUAGUGGAGUGAAGGCCCCUGAUGGUGGCUGGGGUUGGGCUGUGCUCUUCGGUUGCUUCAUUAUCACAGGCUUCUCCUACGCUUUUCCAAAGGCUGUCAGUGUUUUCUUCAAGGAGCUAAUUAGAGAGUUUGAAGUGGGCUACAGUGACACAGCCUGGAUUUCCUCCAUCCUAUUGGCUAUGCUUUAUGGCACUGGGCCUUUAUGCAGCAUUUUAGUGAAUCGAUUUGGAUGCCGUCCAGUGAUGUUGGUGGGCGGCCUCUUUGCAUCAUUGGGAAUGGUCUUGGCAUCAUUUGCCACAAGCAUCAUGCACAUUUACUUGUGUACAGGAGUCAUUACAGGUCUUGGAAUGGCCCUGAACUUCCAGCCAUCACUCAUCAUGUUGAAUCGAUAUUUCAGUGAGAAGCGGCCACUGGCUAAUGGCCUGGCCGCUGCUGGGAGUCCAGUGGCUCUGUGCUGUCUGUCCCCUUUGGGGCAGGUCCUUCAGUAUGAAUAUGGCUGGAGAGGGGGCUUCCUCAUCUUGGGAGGGAUGCUUCUGAACUGCUGUGCCUGUGGGGCUUUAAUGAGGCCUUUGGUCCCGCCAAAGAAGUCAGAGACCCCUGGGACUAAAAACACACCAGAUGACGGAAACAAGAAAGCAAAGCCCAAGCCCAAGCUGCUGGACUUCAGUGUUUUCAGAGACCCGGGCUUUGUCAUUUAUACAGUUGCUGCCUCCAUUAUGGUGCUCGGUUUGUUUGUGCCCCCAGUGUUUGUGGUGAGCUAUGCCAAAGAGCUGGGAAACGAGGACACGAAAUCUGCCCUCCUGCUUACCAUUCUGGGUUUCGUUGACAUUUUUGCACGGCCCACGUGUGGCAUCAUCGCAGGACUCCAGUGGGUUCGCCCUCGCUGCGUCUACCUCUUCAGUUUUGCUCUCAUGUUCAAUGGAAUCACAGAUCUGGUGGGCUCCCUGUCUAAAGACUACUCCUCUCUGGUGGUGUUCUGCAUCUUCUUUGGCAUCUCUUAUGGCAUGGUGGGAGCAUUGCAGUUUGAGGUUCUCAUGGCUGUUGUGGGUACAGAGAAGUUCUCAAGCGCCAUUGGUUUAGUUCUCCUGCUUGAAGCCUUUGCUGUGCUGGUUGGGCCUCCAUCUGCUGGCCGCCUUUUGGACUCCACUAAGAACUACAUGUUUGUUUUCCUGCUGGCUGGGAUUGAGGUUGUGGUGUCAGCUUUAGUGUUGGCAAUAUGCAACUUACUGUUCAUAAAAAAGAAACCUGAGGCACCAGAGACUGCAAUAGAGAAUGGAGAGACAGUGGAGGCAAAGAAUCACUCCAGUACGCCACCCAUACAGGAGCCACACAAGGCCAAUGGAAACUCAGAGAAGCUGAAGGAUUCAGGUGACCUGAGAGCCGAGAAUGUCAUGGAGGAUUCAACAGAAGUGGAAACAUUUCUUAAAGAUAAAGAUGAGCAGAAUAAAAACAUCCCCUGUAGUCCAGAAACCAAACUCUGAUGGACAUUACUGCUUAAGAAGAGGUCGGAAAGACACAAAUAAGAGGAGAUUGAGGAGAACUGUGGUGUUAAUGCGUGUCAGUGUGUAGUCCGAUGUGAUGUCCUAAUGUGUGUGCUACUUACUGACAGAUUAAUAUUUAAUCAAUAAUAGAGACCUACACUGCACUCAUGCUGUUUAAAAUCACAUUUGCACUGCCACACAGAUUUGGACAGGCCACUCUCAAUACGUCUGUAGCUCAAAACCACAGACAUUUCUUUGACUUAAACCAACGUUAACUAGGUUAAAGGUGCUGUAAGUGAUUUUUGUCAUGGAAUUGUAUGGAGAAAAUGAUCCUACU